AUGCCUGUCAAGAAACUGUUUAGUUUUUCGCACAACAAUAAUAAUCAUCAUCAGCAACAACAGCAACAGCAACAACAACCACCCAUCUUGGCAACAGCAUCCUCCGCACAGGACUUUGUCUUUAAUCCCAGCAGUGCAUUGUCAUCGUCUGAUAAUAAUAACAACAACUUGUCAUUCAAUAAUAAUAAUAAUAACAACAACAACUCAACUCAACAUCUCUCUUCACUCACUCAUUAUCAACAACAACAACCAUUCUUUCAACAACCAUUUCAAAACUCGACCAAUAACAUGCCAACCUUUAAUAACAACAAUUCACAACCAACGUUCAGUCAACUCCAAUUCUCAAAUAGUGGUAGCAAUAGUGGUGGUGGUGGUGGUGGAAUGGGAUCAAUAAACACCCACUCACAAACCAUGAUGAUGAUGAAUAACAAUAACAUGACGAUGAUGAUGAACAGCAACAACAACAGCAAUACCACAAAUCACAUGACUUCCUUUAAUAGUAGCAAUGUCAACAACAACAUGGUCUUUCCACAACAACCUCAACAACAACCAUCACUCCUGAUGACUUCACACAGUGUUACAUCAUCAUCAUCCAUGAAUUUUCCUUCAUCGAUCAACAACAACAACAUGAACCAUACACCAAUGCAAGGAAUGUCUUCUUCUUCGUCGUCUUCGACCAUGUACGGAACCUCACCAGCCAUGAUUCAAUCACCACCAACAACAACAGCUUCUUCUUCGACAAGUACCAUGGUGAUGAAUCAACAACAACAACAACAUGUUCUCACUUCGAACAUCACCAACACCUCAGUUCAUCCAAUGGGAGGAGCUUCCUCCUCAUUAACAAUGACAACACCACCAACCCAAUCCACGUCAAACCAUACGAAUGCGUCGGUGGUGGCAUCUGGUGGAAAUACAGUACUCGUUUCCACCAUUCCAAAAUACACACCCUGUAUUAGGUGGUCAUGUGCUCCAAGUACAAUCACUCUGGUCAACAAUGCUAACAACAACAACAAUUCAAACAAUGGUGGAUCUUCUGGAGGAAAUGGAUCAUCUAGUACCACAACUUUCAAUUCUGACAUGAUGAUGGUGAUGAAUAAUUCCAUGAUGGUCACGGAUAAUAAUUCACUUUCUCAAACUCUUAUUGAUCACAAUUUCACAGCAGAGGAUUUAAAAGUCACAAAAGGGAGUCCACUCAUUCACACCAAAUUGUUUUGUCUCAGUGAUCAAACACUUCGUGAUUGUCCAUAUUUACGUCCGAGUGUACAAACUGACAAUUUAUAUCAUUUAGUGGAGAUGGAGAAUGAAUCUUCGUGGUUACCCAAUGACCGAAUUGCUCCUAAAAAGACCACUCAUAACUGUCUGGUCAAUGAUUGGUUGGUGUUUUGUAGUCAGGAUCCUCAAUUGUUGAAAUUAGUAGGUCGAUACAUUGGAUCUUCAAACAAUUCAUCUGCUGAUGUUCAAUUAUUUGCUGACUUUGUGCUCGUGACCAGCAAUAAUCACGACGAAGAUAGUCGAGAAAGUUUAUUUGGAAAACAACGUUUCAAAGGUGGAAUUCCACUUCAAAUGAAACUUGUUCGUACUCCUCAAAUCAUUACGAACUCAAACAGUUCAGGAGGAGGAGGCAACGGCAGUAGUAGCAGUGGUGGUGGUGGUCCAACUUCUUCCAACGCAAACAUGGCUCCACUUUUAUACUUUGAAAAGAGAAUCAAUCGAGAAUCUGUAAAUAAUAAGGAUGCUCCAAGUGCGAGUGGAAUGGGAGGUAAACGUGUGGCUCAACUCAGAAUUUACCUUAAAGACAAGGAUCAAGAAAUUUGUUUGGUGCAUUCGGAAGGAUUUUGGGUGAGAACAAAGAGUCGUGAAGAAGUUCAAAGAACCUCCUCAUCCAACUCAAAAGAAUCACAAGUCAAUUCGGUUCACGCUUCGACCAAUUCUCAACAACUAUCGAACAACAUGAAUCAUGCAAUUUCUGGAGGUUCCGAUUCACCAGUCAGCACCACCACUUCCACCACUACUCCCUCACUCACCAGUGUUAAAAAGAAGAAAUCAAGUUUUGGAGGAUUUGCACUAUUCCAUGGCAAUGGAGCUCGAAUGAAGAGAGAGGCAGAUGAACAGUCGAGUGUUACUACUACUGCUGCUGCAACUACAACAGCGUCAUCGACCUCUCAAACACCACAAAAGAACAACAACUUGUUCAAUUCAGUACCUCAACAGAAUCAAAAUUCAGUAAGCAGUGCUGUACAGCCACAACCGAAUAUUAUUUUCAACUCGAAUUCAUCGUCACAACAAACAAACUCUCAAUCACACUUUCAAAAUUCAAAUUUGGAUCCUGCUUCCAUUCAAAACAUGUCAAGCUCAGCAAAUAGUUAUGGAUCAUCGUCCUAUCUAAGCAAUAGUGGAAGUUCUGCUUCUUUUGUGAAUUCACAAAACAAUGGACCCUAUUUGGUGGCAAAUGGAAAUUAUCAAAAUAUGGCUGGAAAUAUUUCUCCACUUCACAACAAUCAUUAUCACCAUCCACAUCAUCAUCAUCAAUCAAGUGGAAGUAUGGACUCGAGUAUGAUGACUAAUGGUCUUGUAAAUGCAUUUUCUGACCAAUCCGAUUAUUCUUCACUCGGUUCCACUCCAAACACAACCAGUCAGUUGUCACAACCAAGUAUUACCUCACUAGAUAUUGUGGAAGUAUUGCGUAACUUGUCAAUUUCAAUUCCAAAUAGUGCAGGACCACCUGGUACUCAUUCCCGACAUUCUUCCUUUACUUCUCCUAAUGGAUUAGCAAGUAGUGCAAGUUCCACUUCAAGCUCUUCAUACUUUUUACAAAAUUCAGCCGACAACAAUCCUGUGGGAAGUUUUGGAGGUCUUCAAUCCGCGAUGGACACAUCAAGUGACAAUCUCGAUGCUACCAUUCAAAAAUUAGAUGCUGCCAUUAAUUUAUUUAGUACCAUGAAAGAUGCAUGUCUGAAAAUGAGAGAUAAUCAAUCGAAUGGAGAUCAUUCCAUGACACCCACAAGUCUCAAUGAAAUUUAUGCUCAAUUCAAUUCUUCAAUUCAAGACAAGCGAAAAGAUAAGGGUCACAAACGAGUUAGAGGCAAUAAUGAAGGUGCUGCUAAUGAAACCAUGUAUUCUUCACCUCAAAUUCAACAGAAAAAUCAUUCAGUGAAUACCUCCUUUGGUAGAGUGGCUUCAUCUUCCGCUCCAAACUCUUCCACUUUUAACUUUAAUAAUAGUUUUACGACAGGUUCACUGAUGGGUAAUGUCAUGAUGAACGGAAUCUCUGGCUCUAACAGUCACACAAACAACAACCAAAACAUUCAUAGCAACAACCUGUCAAGUAGUAUGAAUAAUUUAAGCACGAUGAAUACUUCACUUUUUAACCAUGGAACUGGCUCUCAAAGUUUAAAUAAUAUUCAAAAUCACAUGAAUCAUCAAUUCAAUCAUGGAACAAUGGGUGCUAUGGGAGGCAAUUUCAUCAUUAAUACGACGAACGAGAGAGGACUUCCACAACAACAUUCGACCAUUAAUUUUGAUGGAACCGAGUUACCUCAAUCACUGUUUAACACUUCAGGAUCAGAUCCUAACGAGGAUAUCUUCCAGCUCUUGAAAUAUACUCUCAACAUGAAUCAAAAUCAAAAGAUGUGGUUGUUGGGCGGUACAGCCGCCGCUCUCAUUGGAGCUUAUUGGUACAACAAUAAGAAAAAGAUCAAGGGAGAAGCUAAAAAGUUGGAAUCUUCCAUUGGCAAGCAAAUGGAGAGUGUUGGUAAAUCGAUGGAAAAGGAAGGAAAGAAAAUUCAAUAA